UCCGGCGUUCCCCCCCACCCCUUUCCUAUCCAAAUAGAAGAAAUCCACUCCAACGAAAGCAAAGGAAGGGGGAAAAGGAGCCGAUGGCUUCCGCUUGCUCCUUCCGAUCCGUUGCCCGAGUUCCUCCGCUCCCGCGGGGCCUCGCCAGGAGAGGAGCAAUGCGCUGCUGCAGCGUCGCCCCCGGUGCCGGUGGCGCCGCCUCCACCUCCAAGCUUGUCUUGGAGGUAAAAGAAAGGCUGGCAAGGGAGCACCCGGGCCUUCCGACAGGCAGGAACGGGAGGGACGAUGAGGACAUGAUCCUCUGGUUCUUGAAGGACCGCAAGUUCUCAGUCGACGAAGCCGUCGCUAAGCUGACCAAGGCUAUUAAAUGGCGCCAGGAAUUUUGUGUAUCACAAUUAUCAGAAGACUCAGUGAAAGGGUUGUACCAAACUGGCAAGGCAUAUGUACAUGAUUCUUUGGACAUCUAUGGCAGGCCUGUGCUAGUUGUAGUGGGAGCCAAACAUUUUCCUUCCAAACAAGAUCCAGUUCAAAAUGAAAAGCUGUGUGCCUAUUUGGUUGAGAAGGCAUUAAAUAGACUUCCUUUGGGAGCAGAGAAUAUACUUGGAAUCUUUGAUCUUCAAGGUUUCCGUGUAGAAAAUGGUGAUCUCCAGUUCUUAAAGUUUUUGAUUGAUGUAUUCUACUAUUACUACCCAAAGCGGCUUGGCCAAGUUCUUUUUGUCGACGCACCAUUUGUUUUUCAACCGUUGUGGCAGAUUGUUAAACCUCUGUUGAAAUCAUAUGCCUCCCUGGUAAGAUUUUGUGAUGCCAAGACAGUGCGAAAAGAGUACUUCACAGAAGAAACAGUGCCUCCUGAUUUUCGCAGUUAGAUGUCAUUAUUAUCUUCCCCAAUAGCUGGUUGUUAUCCUGGAUACUCUGCUGGCAGAUUUUGACAGAAUAACAUUUGAAGCACCUCCCAAUUAGGAAAUAUUAAUACGCUGAUGGAUACAUACAGAUUUAUAAUGCGCUAGCUUGUGGUGUGAAACUAUGGGCUCCAUGAGAUUUUGUCUUCAUUACUAUGGGUCCUCGGUAAUGUCAGAUGCUGGUUAAGAUUUGUGAUGGGGACUGAGGGCAGACCACAGGACCAUCUAGAGAUCUUUAGCUGGUGACCCAAGAAUGUCUCGGAUGAAGCCAAUACUCGAUGGACAAAGGAGCGUUUUCCUGCAGUUGUUGUUGUUCAAUAAUGCUCUAAAGGCUAGAUUCCUUCAUAUUUCUGUUUGUAAUUUUUCAUCACCAGUGUCUGUCCAUGUUCGUUUGUACAGCGUCUUUUAAGGCAUUUCAGGUGUAAUGAGUUUGCAUAAAGCAGCAUAAAGCAUUAAUAACUUUCUGUAAUAAAUUUCAUAAAUGAAAAUAUUUUUUCUCUGAACAAUAAAAAUGUAGUUAAAAAAUUA